AUGGAAAUGAAAUUAGAUGCUCUAAAAAGGAUUGACAAAGGUGAAAGUGUACAGAAAGUGGCGAGUGAUUUGAACGUUGGUCGGUCAACAGUGAUUGGAUGGAGGAAGUCUAGAAAUGAAAUUGAGUCUUGGUGUGUGAAAAGAGUGUGUUCAGAAUCGUUAGACAAGAGGAGGAGUAUGAAGAGGUCUGAGUAUGAACAAGUAAGUGAAGCUCUUUUCCAGUGGUUUAGGAUUCAGAGGGAGAAAGGGACACCGAUCUCAGGACCGAUUUUACAGGAAAAGGCCUUGAAAUUUUAUCAAAACUUUAAAGAAGAGGGAGAGCCUGAAUUCACAGCAAGCUCUGGAUGGCUGGACAGAUGGAAAGAGAGGUAUGGUAUUAAACAAUUGAGCAUUUGUGGAGAAAAACUGUCAGCAAAUCUCGAUAGUUCACAUGAUUUUAAAAUGAAAUUUCAAGCUUUGAUUGAAGAAUUAGGCCUUAGUGGAGAGCAAAUCUAUAACUGUGAUGAAACUGGUCUGAAUUUUAGAAUGCUCCCAACAAAAAGUUUGGCUCUCAAACAAGAGAAAGCUGCAGCAGGAUAUAAAAAAAGUAAGGACAGAGUUACUGUGUUGGCUUGCAGUAACGCAACAGGAACUCAUAAAUUAAAAUUGGCUCUGAUAGGAAAGGCCAGGAAACCUAGAGCCUUCAAAAAUAUUAAAAUGAAUGGUGACCAUUUUGACCUCCCCGUUUUUUACAGACACCAAUCAAAUGCUUGGAUGUCAGAGAGCAUUUUUAACGAAUGGUUUCACAAACAGUUUGUGCCCGAAAUUAAGAAGCAUCUAAAGUCCCAGAACCUUCCAAUGAAAGCACUCUUGAUCCUCGACAACGCAACAACGCACCCGGCUGUAGAUGUCAUUUCAAGAGACGGAGAAAUUAAAGCUAUGUUCUUGCCCCCUAACGUAACCUCCCUUUGCCAGCCUAUGGACCAAGGAGUUUUGGUAACGCUUAAGAAGUUGUAUAGGAAGAAACUCCUUUCAUGUCUCAUUCAAGCCCUAGAUGAAGGAGUCGAAUUAGUGGAUAAGUUAAAAAAAAUUGAUAUGCUGGAUGUUGUUGGCUGGAUUUCCCAGGCAUGGGAUGAACUCAAUCCCCUAACGCUCGUGCGUUCUUGGAGGAAGCUCUUGGACCACCAGGGAAAUGAGUUCAACGAAGAAAUUAAAGAUGACGAGCUAGCCACUUUAAUGGAAAAAAUCCCAGGUUGUGAAGAAGCUUCACCUACAGAUGUUUUCGAGUGGAUGGAACAAGAUGAAGAAAGCGGACCAACUUCAGAGGAAGAAAUAGUUGAUGCUUUAAAAUCAAGAGAGGAUAGUGAAGAAGAGUCAGAAGACGACGAAGAUACCACUCAAAAAUCAAAACUGACACACAGCGAAGGUGUAAAAUUCUUCGAGGGAGCGAUCCA